AUGUCUCGGACCCAAUCUUCUUCUUUAUACUCUAAUAACUGUGUGCAGCGUAGUUUUCCCUCGUUUGAAGGUGGGGGGCGCAUGGUUUUGGGGUUAAGACCCAUUUGUGAUUGUGGAGAAGUUGUAGUUCUCAGGACAGCAAGAACUCCGAAAAAUGUGGGUAGAAAGUUCUGGUGUUGUGCUAACUACAAGCGUGAGAGUGAAGUUGGUGUUUGGUGUAAUUUUUCAAAUGGUGCAAUUUGCAUUCUGGCUGAUGCCUCGCAUUCUAGAAAGAAGAUUGUUCCAGCUCUUUACGUUUUCGGUGAUUCAACCGUAGACGCCGGAAACAACAACAAUCUCAAGACACUUGCCAAGGCAAAUAAAUUUCCCUAUGGGAUUGACUUCAAUAAUUGUUCCACAGGAAGGUUUAGCAAUGGCAAAACAAUUGCUGAUAUUAUUGCCAUUAGAUUGGGUUUGCCAAUGCCGCCUCCAUAUGGGUGUGCCCAAGUCUCAAAGACAUAAGUAGUCACUGGACUUAACUAUGCAUCAGGCUCAUGUGGAAUAUUGAAUUCAACCAGAUCAGGGGAUUGUUUAUCUUUAGAUAAACAAAUUGAAUACUUCACCUUAAGUGUGGACAACGAUCUUCCAAGAAGCAUACAUAGCAAAACAAAACUAAGGCAUUACUUAGCCAAUUCCAUAUACCUCUUAUCAAUUGGAUCUAAUGAUUACAUGUUGAAUUAUUUCAAGUACCCAAAUGAAACCAAUAACAAAUUAAAUCCAGAAAAAUAUGCAGAUUACCUACUUGAGCAACUGACUUCACGUAUCAAGAGAAUUUAUGACCUUGGAGCUCGAAAGUUUGUGGUAAGUAGAAUUGGUCAAAUUGGAUGCACACCAACAGUUAGUAUAAGGACACCAUAUUCCCAAAAAUGCAAUGAAGAUAUGAAUCAAAAGGUGAAACCCUACUCAGAUAAACUUCCUGGGAAGCUACAAGAGCUGCAAACCCAACUCCCACAUUCAUUAUUCGUUAAUUUGGAUAAUUACAACUUCGCCCAGAAAAUAAGAAAUUCCCCUGAAAAAUUUGGGUUCAAAAAUAUUUUUGACUCGUGUGUCCAAGGAGGGAAGCCUUGUGCAAACCGGAAUGAAUAUUAUUUUUUUGACUUUGCUCACCCAACUGAAGCUACAAAUAAAAUACAUGCAAAUGAGUGUUUUAGUGGAACUCAAUUAUGUCUUCCUUACAAUAUUCAAAAAUUGAUUCACGCUCAUUAA